UUCGAAACUGAGUCCGCAAACCCUAGUCUCUCUCACUCCUCUUCUCUCCAUUUCUCUUUCUUCCAUUGAAGCCCUAUCAAAAUGGCUUCGCGAAGGGUCUUAGCCUCGCUUCUCAAAUCCUCCGUACGCAGAUCACCGUCCAAAUCUCCGAUCGGAGCCCCCAGGGUUUCCCCAUCCACCGCUCGCGGUGCUUCUCCGUAUGGCUACCUCCUCAACCGCGUUGCCGAAUACGCCACAUCUGCAGCGGCUUCGUCGCCGGCACCACCAUCACCUCCAGCUGCCAAGGAUGCUGUGAAGGGUGGGAAGAUCACUGAUGAGUUCACUGGCGCCGGCUCGAUCGGUCAGGUUUGCCAGGUUAUUGGUGCCGUCGUCGAUGUUAGAUUUGACGAGGGAUUGCCCCCGAUCUUGACGGCUCUGGAGGUUCAGGGUUUCUCGAUCCGUUUGGUGCUUGAGGUGGCUCAGCACUUGGGUGAGAACAUGGUCCGAACCAUUGCUAUGGACGGUACUGAAGGGCUUGUUAGAGGGCAGAAAGUGCUCAACACUGGCUCACCUAUCACUGUGCCCGUGGGCAGGGCUACUCUUGGUCGUAUCAUAAACGUUAUCGGGGAGCCCAUUGACCAUAGAGGCGAUAUUAAAACCGACCACUAUUUGCCUAUUCAUAGAGAAGCCCCAGCUUUCGUUGAGCAAGCAACUGAACAACAAAUUCUUGUUACUGGAAUUAAGGUUGUUGACCUUCUUGCACCUUACCAAAGGGGAGGAAAGAUUGGUCUUUUUGGUGGUGCCGGUGUUGGAAAAACUGUGCUUAUUAUGGAACUUAUUAACAACGUAGCUAAAGCCCAUGGUGGUUUCUCUGUGUUUGCUGGUGUUGGUGAAAGAACUCGUGAGGGUAAUGACUUGUACAGGGAAAUGAUUGAGAGUGGUGUCAUUAAGCUAGGAGAGAAGCAGAGUGACAGCAAAUGUGCCUUGGUGUACGGUCAAAUGAAUGAGCCCCCUGGUGCCCGUGCUCGUGUUGGACUUACUGGACUGACUGUUGCUGAGCAUUUCCGUGAUGCCGAAGGGCAAGAUGUGCUUCUAUUUAUUGACAACAUUUUCCGAUUUACCCAAGCUAACUCUGAGGUGUCUGCUUUGCUUGGACGUAUCCCAUCUGCUGUCGGUUACCAACCAACUUUAGCUACUGAUCUUGGAGGCCUACAAGAGCGUAUUACAACCACCAAGAAGGGUUCCAUUACUUCUGUCCAAGCUAUUUAUGUGCCUGCUGAUGAUUUGACAGAUCCUGCUCCUGCUACUACCUUUGCUCACUUGGAUGCCACUACUGUGUUGUCACGACAGAUCUCCGAGCUUGGUAUUUACCCCGCCGUCGACCCCCUAGAUUCUACAUCUCGUAUGCUCUCACCUCACAUUUUGGGUGAAGACCACUACAACACCGCUCGUGGUGUCCAGAAGGUUCUUCAGAACUACAAGAAUCUUCAAGAUAUCAUUGCCAUUUUGGGAAUGGAUGAGCUCAGUGAAGAUGACAAGUUGACUGUUGCCCGUGCUCGUAAAAUCCAGAGAUUCUUGAGCCAGCCCUUCCACGUAGCAGAAGUAUUCACGGGUGCCCCUGGUAAAUACGUUGAGUUGAAGGAGAGCAUUGCCAGCUUCCAGGGUGUGUUGGACGGUAAGUUCGACGAUCUUUCAGAACAGGCUUUCUACAUGGUUGGAGGAAUUGAGGAGGUGAUUGCCAAGGCCGAGAAGAUUGCCAAGGAAAAUGCCUAAGUCUUUUUUCUUUUUUUUCUCCUUUGUCUUGAUAGUUGCGAAAAAUCAAUAAUUGAGGAGCUGCUGGCGAUGCCGGCAAACAGGAUUUGAUUAUUUUUUUUUGAGGACAAACUCUGUAUGAGGAUUUACUACCAUUUCCGUUUAAAAAAAAGCUUAAUUGCAGAGUGUUUUGAAGGAAUGGAUAAUUGGGUCCAAUGUCCUGCCCCCUUCUUUUGUUUUUUUUAUUGGUCCUUAAUAAGGGGAAAGAAAGGACAUGUAAAUUUUUUCUUUUCUCAGUACAUUGGAUAAUGCACUGAUAAUCUAGCCUUUCUUGUUUAA